CUAAUCGCCGCGUUCACCUUUCGGGUUGAUCCAGUGAAGACAUCGUCAAUUUUUUUCGCCCAAAAGAUUGAAGAACUUGCAUUGUCCCAGCAACUCGGCCCCGACGUUCAAAAAUGACGACUUCCCGAUUGUUGGUAAUGCUAAUCGCAGCUGGUUGUUGUGCGAUUUUGUGCAACGGAUAUCAGUCUUGUGGUUUACUACAUCAGAAUGUUACAAAGGGAAUCGACAGAGUGUUAGUCAGUGAACGUCAUUCGUUUGGAGCAGACUUUAGGAACUUUUGUCUUUCCUAUGAAAAAGGUAUGUUUGCUAGAAUUACGCCACAAACAACACAGUAGAGUGCCAGCUGCCUCCAUUACCAUAAGAGGGAUUUUAUAUAACGCAAACAGUUUUCAUUCACAUAAUGCAAGCGUGAAAGAAAAUUGCUUUACUCGGAAAUAUAUUUCAGUCACAACUUGACCAAUUUCCUCUUUAUUGGUAAUCGAGCCAAGACGCUUAAAUACUAAAGCAAAUUCAGGAAACACUAUGCACCUUAUUCCGCGAAACCUACACAUCUGAAAUUAAAUCUUCGCAAACACCAAAGAGACAUACUUAUUUGCUGGUCUUAAAAAAGCUUUACCACCUUUAGCUGUUGUUGACCUUUCUCUAAACCCAAUUGCAAAAGAGAUAGAAAAUAGAAGUGAAUCAUUUAUAGACCUAAAAUCAGUCACUAUUCUAUGUUGAAUCUACUUAACAGCAGUUCAAACUGUUUUCAUCCCGCAAAGCUCUACCCGCUUUCCUCUACGCCUUCCCAGACCUAAGACGUAUUCGGCGCAACUAGAGAUGCAUGCCCUAUCGUACCGGUUUCUUGAUAAACGGUAGUGAUAGGCACGCGGGAAAAUGCAAUACUCUGCCGAUUUUCAAUUUGAAAUUGGUGAAUGUUGUGAGCUAAAGGCUUUGGGCAUCAAUGCAAGAGGAAAGUUUAAGUCUUUGUUCACCGUAGAUCACACAAAGCUUAUAAAAUUAUAAUCCAAUGAAGAAAUUUAAGUUUACUUUCAGUUCUAAAAUAAACAUACAAAAACAGAACCCUCCAAAGCCCACAACUGAACCAAAAAUAGGUCUGAAAUUUAAAAGAUUGAUAUCUGAAUAAGGUUAGUUCUGCUUUCAACCUGGGAAUACAGAUAAGCCAAAUUUCCUAAGCAAAUUGAGGUCAAUUACAAAUGAAAAAUUAUCGGAUCUAUUUCCACUAAGUCACCGACGCCAUUUACAUCAAAUUGAUUUAACUUGUUUAAUCUUUUCACAGAGAAGUGGCUGAGCUUAACAAAAGGAGCUGUCUGCUUUGGAGGGAGUGGCAACGAAUAUGCCACCCUUGUGGUACCAAUAGAGGGCUUCCUAAUGUCAGUCAAAUUGACCCACGUCAGUGGACUCAGCUCAUGCAAAAGAAAUUCUCCCCAAUACAACAGUAACUGGGGUUGCUCUCGCAAUCAUCCUGAACACGGCAGAUCGCCCUUUAACGUUGUCGUAACGACGGCACCCAGAAAUGACAUUCUCUUUCCGGCACAUUUUUUUCUCCAACACAACAAGGGAUCCUAUUGGUACGACAAACCAGAAGUGGACCCUCACUCACCGGAAAUAAUCCUUACAGAUGCAUCAAAUCCCAUUUAUGUUGCUAUGGGCCAAGAGCUCCGUGUGUGGUUUGGAGAAGACCUGUUGAAGUCUGGUGUGAAGAAAAAAGGGGGUAAAGUCUGUAUAACCGCGCAAGCCUGGUACAAGCAUUGAGCUGUCUACAUGUCACGUGACCAAUUAAUGCAUAUGUUGCCCAAAUAAAUUUCAGAACGACCUCAAGGGAAAAAACUGACUUUUGACGCUACUUUGCUCAGUUGAGUUGUAAUUUACGAAAGACUAUCUCUUAGAGUAUUUUAAAGUUUUAUUUAAAAAGUUAGACAAGUCGGAAAUAAGACAAGAUGACUAAGGCUUACGUUGACAGUUCAGACUUUGAAUCACAAUUCUACCACUCAGUGUAAAAGAAAAUUUAAAGGAACUUCAGCAUUUAUCUCCCCCUAUAACCAAUUAAUUUUCAGUUUACUCAAGAGUAAAUACCGAACCCCUUUCUCAUAGCCUAAGAAAAUAAAGAGAAAGCAGUCAGUUUCAGGCUUCAGUUAUUGGUGACCUCGCGAG